AUGCAUUUCACUGAUCCAAAUAUCGACGGCACCUCUGGAAAGGCCGAUAAGGCCGUUUUUACCUAUUUAAAGAUGUCCGUAAAGAUGUUCAUUCCACUUUGGGAUACCCGAACCUCAAAAGAGCAAUGUCAGGAUGAAAUGGCGAAGUGCGUACAAGAUAUAUCAGAAAAUCCUCAAGAGAUAAGGCAAACUGUGAAAAACAUGGAAGAAACAUCGUAUUGCAUAUCUUUCCUUUAG